AUGAGUUCUGCCUCCGAGUCGACGGGGGAGGUCCAACCCCGCUAUCAACAGCUCUUUAUCGAGCUCGAGAAGCGCUUCGCAUCAACAUCCCUCGGCAAGGACAAGUGGUACAUACUCGCCCUCGCCACGAUAGUCGCCAGUCCGGAUCCCGAGCGUGCAGACCAACUGUAUCUCCAUCUCUGCGCGCAACCGAGCUACUCCGCCUCUUCCGACCGGCAAGCCCUCGUGCGUCGCCUGCGAGAAACCCUGGUCAAAGCCGUCUGCAUUGUUGGAGUAUGUAAACCCAUCGAGGCCAUCCUCGCCAUCGCCAAGGUCGAACGCGACGAGGACAAGGACUACUCGUUCACCCGUGAGAACUGGCAGUGCAACCAGGCCAAUCAUGAGCGUGGAACAGCAUGGAUGCAGAAGCUCUACACGCGAAACACCAGCAGCACGGUGAAUCUCUUCGCGGCCCACCAGGAUUUCAAGUGGCUCUCGGAGGAGAUCACGUACGGCCUGUUUCUUUCGGAUCGCCAGGUACUGGAUGACGUGGACACACAGCUGGUGGUGUUGCCAGGAAUCAUGAGCCAGAACCUGCCCACUGAGACUCAUUGGCACAUUCGAGGCACGCGCCGACUGGGAAUUCCCAAGGAAGAAGUUCAGGUCAUAUGGGACUGUGUGCAGCUGGUAGCGCAGUUUUUUGAUGUCAAGCUAAACAAAGUGCCCACUGUUGACCAGGUGGAGUCCGAUGUGUAG